AUGCAAGCUAUAAGGUCUCUGAUUAUCCCCAAGUGGUCGUCCGAUGUUCGUCUGAACGGGAAGACGGCUGUCGUAACCGGUGCCAACACGGGAAUAGGCAAAGAGACGGCAAAAGACCUGGCUAUCAGAGGCGCGAGGGUGAUUCUGGCUUGCAGGGACACGGCGAAGGGAGAGCAGGCGGCCCGAGACAUCAUGAGGGAGGUGCCAUGCGCCAAAGUCGUCGCCAGGCAUUUGGAUCUGGCCCAGACCAAAUCCAUCUGCCAGUUUGCCGAGAAUAUCUACAACACUGAGAAGUCUCUGCACUACCUGAUCAACAACGCGGGCGUGGCUCUUUGCGCUUACUCCACCACUGUGGACGGAUUUGAGACGCAGUUUGGAGUCAAUCACUUGGGUCAUUUUUUCCUUACCUUCCUGCUGCUGGACUUGCUCAAGCAUUCUGCCCCUUCCCGGGUCAUCACCGUUUCCUCGAGCGCUCACACCAUGGGCAGGAUCCAAUUUGAUGACCUGGGCGGUGAAAACAACUACCGCCCUGUGCAGGCCUACGCACAGAGCAAGUUGGCUAACGUUCUGUUUACCAGAGAGCUGGCCAAGAGGACCGAGGCAUUAGGAGUGACGGCUUACUCAGUGGACCCCGGCGUCGUCAACAGCGAGAUAACCAGGCACAUCAGGAGGCCUAUGGCGGACGUCAUCCGAAUGUUUUCCUCUCUUUUCAAGACGUCAGCAGAGGGGGCCUACACCACCAUCUACUGCGUGGUGACUCCUGAGAGCGAGCUGCUCAACGGGGGGCACUACAAGGACCGCGCCUAUUCGAAGGGUUGCAGGGCGGGUCGAGACGACGGCACCGCUUUAAAGCUGUGGGCGGUCAGCUGCCACCUGCUCGGCGUCCGCUGGAGAUGAACACCGACGGCGACACCUUUCAUAUCACGCUGAUGUUACAGUGCGAAGGGCAGGAAGGCCUGUGGCGGAUAAUUGAGGACGCAUGCAAAGGAGAUAAGAGCAGAACGGUGACAAAGGUUGUCGUUGUACGUGACUCAAAAGAUUAAAAGAUACGACUGAU